CAGGCAUCGCGUUACAUUGUAUAACCUGCCUGGGCGUGCAGGAACUAAUGUAGAAGUGACCUAGACUUUCCUUUGAAGCAGCCUACAUGAACAACCUGAAUGACCCCCCUCGAUGGAACAUUCAACCAGACCAAAGAGAAGGAGGGGCUGGAGGGGGAGAUGGCAACCAAUGGAACUAUGCACUGCUGGUCCCUAUGCUUGGACUGGCUGCAUUUCGUUGGAUCUGGAGCCGGGAGUCUCAAAGAGAGAUCGACAAUGUCAAAUCCCAGUAUGACAAGGAUGUGUCCAUAGUAAAAAGUGAGAUGGAGGAGAGGUACCAGGAGACACUGACAGAAAGACGCAGAGCAGCGGCUUCCUUGGAGCUGGAGCUGGAGAAGGAGAGACAGAGGGUGCAAGGCUACAGACAGGCCAUGAUCUCCCAGAGCCAGCAGCUGGUAGAAGAACGCAAACGGUUACAGAAGGACCGUGAGAGGCUGGAAGAAGAGACGCAAAGACUUAUCAAGUCUGGAGCCGCAGGGACUGUGCUGCAUCACGCCCUGGAGCAACAGAACGACUGGUUCCAGAGAGCCAACACCACGCUGCGGGAGCUGGAGACUCAGCUUGUGGAGCGGCAGAACGCCUAUUGUUCCCUCAUCCGGCCCAGAGAUAAGCGCCUGGAGAUGGAGAAGAACAUUCUGCUGAAGGCCGUCAAAGAGCCGGUUGCAGAUGAACUUGAUCUGGAGGCUGAUUUGAAAGAUAUAUUUAAGAGAGAUAAGCAUUGUGCUGACUUGCUUAACAUGGACAAGAGGAAGAACGGAAGUCUCAUGUGGGUGUAUCUCAAGUACUGGCAGCUGCAGGUCACUGUUCAGAAACAUAGGAGAGCCGAGCAGGCCAUUCUAGGAGGAAACAUGAAUCCCCAAACCAAAUGACGACAAGGCAAUCUUUUAAGACUAAAAUAUUUUUUUGUAUUCCCCCCACCCCCCUGCAAUUUUUCACAUACAUUUACAAUGUAUUUAAAAAAAAAUUAACAUUAAUCCAACACACGAGUAGAAAGCAGAUUAAUUAAUGCAGAAAACGUUUUUUUAGUCAGCAAUGCACACAUUCAGCGACACACAGGAGCUCAUUAAAGCAGGCCACAAGGUUAUUCACUUGUACUUUAAAAAGCAGGAGCUGCUCCUGUCGCUGCCGUUCCAAUCACGAGGCUCUUUCAGUUUUCCCGGAAAUGGCCGAGAGCCCAUUCUUAGCUUUCAGCUAUUUUAAGUCUCAAGACUGAUAAAAAAAAAAUAAUAGCUUUGCGUCACAACAUAACAGCUCAAGCAGAAUAACAAUGAGCUUACACUCCCAUCACAGAACUAGAUGUUUAACAAGGUACAUUUAGGACAAGUCUAUUUUAAAACUAGUACGGUCAAAUCAUACAUUUUUAAAUCAGACUAAUCACAUUGGAAUUUAGAUUAAUAAUGAUUAAUUACAGGUUAUUACUGGCUUGCCUAAUUUUAAAAAGACCCCAACAUUUGGACGAAAAUGCAUUUUUUAUUGUCAGAACGUUCUUCAGGAACACUUUAAAAUGUUUUACUUGAAUGCACAUCAUUUGUUUGUUUAAAACUUGGUAACAGUUGUAUCUUAAAUUCUGUGUAUACAUGAUUAAUGCAAUACUUUUUUGUGAUUAAUCACUUAAAGUUACUCUAUUAUUUUGCCAUCUCCUAUUUAAAACAUACUUUUAUACAGAUAUACUGCAUUAAGUGGGGGUCCCCCGCUCCUAUCUCCAUCAGUUUGACAGUCUUGGAAAACAUUGAAUCUUUAAAAAAUGUAAAUCAGGAAUGAAUAUUCGGGAAUGUCUUCAUGAGGGAAGUACAUGCCAUUUUGUCAGAUUUGGAAAACGCAACAUAGAUCAAUUGUACCCCGAAUUAGGACUCACUAUCUUUACCUAUGAGAUAAGUGUGCUUCAUAUAAGAUGAUUUCCACAUUUGAUACACAAUGCAGGAUUGAAAUAUUUUUCAUUUAAAACAGAAUUUUUGUAAUUUAACUAUAUUUUCAAUUUAUGUGUGCUAUGUUUUCUGAAUGGACCAUUUAUUUUGGCUCCUCUUAGGACAAGGGCUGAAAAGGGAAGACGGGUAACAAAACACACACACUAAAUUACAAUCGUGAGCAUCUAAAUUAUGUUGGACAACAGUUCGUUUUGGAAUUCAGUAGAUUAUAUUUAACUGUAUUAACUAUUUUAUGAGAGCCAGAACUUUUAUUUGGUAAAAAUAUUGACAAUACCUGACAGUCAGCCAAACUUAAAAAGGUACAAUGUUUUGUGUAGCAUAUCCUGGUGAAUGAAAACUGGAUUUAAUGUUGAGAUUAAAACAAAGUCCUCAAAAUAAAGUUUGGUUUAAGAACUUCA